UGUAAAAGAAAACAGGCAGCAGAACAUCAGCUGAGACUACAUUUCACUAUUUAACCAUCUGAUAAAGUCAGGCAUGGCCACCAAACAAGCAUGUGCAGAGGAACGCGACCUCAGGAUUGUUCUUCUUGGGAAAACAGGAGUUGGCAAGAGUGAAACAGGAAACACCAUCUUAGGGGAAAAAUCUUUUUUUUCAAGGCUGUCUCCUUUCUUAGUGACAAAAAAGUGUGAGAAGCAAACAUGCCAGUUUGAUGGUCAAAAGCUGGCUAUUGUUGAUACUCCAGGUCUGUUUGAGAUAGAAAAAGAUCCAGAAAAAUUGAAGAAAGAGCUUGUUCGAUGCUCCUUCUUAUCUGCUCCCGGUCCUCAUGUCUUCCUGGUUGUGAUCCAGCCUGGAAGAUUUACCGAGGAAGACCAAAAAACAGUGAAAAUCAUUCAGGACGUCUUUGGACAAGAAUCAGCAUGUUACACUGUGGUCCUGUUCACUCGUGGAGAUGACCUGAAGGAGGAAAAUGUUUCCAUAGAUGAUGUCAUCAGUGACAGUCAAGCUCUCCAGGACUUUAUCAGUCAGUGUGGUGGAGGACAUCAUGUUUUUAACAACAAAGACAACGAUAACUCUCAGGUUACAGAGCUGCUGAAGAAAAUCAACAGAAUGAUUGAAAAUAACGGAGGGAAAUACUACACCAAUGAAAUAUUUGAAAAUUCAGAAAAAGCCAUACAAGAAACGAUGGCAAAACUUCAGAAAGAUGAUCCAAAUUUGAAACCUGAAGAAGCCAGAAAAAAGGCAGAGGAGUACAACACACGUACUUUGGAUGAUUCAGCUGCUACCAGCUCUGCUACAACUGACAGAUUUGUUUCAGCUGCUGCUGCUACAGUUACAAUGGCAGUUGGAGCUGCAGUUGCAGCAAUAGCAAUGAGAACCAAUUCAUGCGUUAUCCAGUAAUAUAUACUUUUUUUUUACCU